AUGGAGGAGGGCGACAUUCUUGGCUGUCUCAUACAUCUUCCUCACGAUCCUAUUCAUCCUGGGCCUUCCAGUCAAUACUUACCUCCAUCUAAUAAGGAUCUUCCUCUCAUCAAUUUCAAGCAUAACUACUUUUAUGAAAGUCAUGAUGAAGUUGCUGACGUGGUGAAAUCACUGGAACCGUUGAAAGAGAGCAGAAUCGAAUUUUUCAAAAACGGCAAAUCGUGCGGUGUGGCGUUCACUGAUAUUUAUCGAGGAUUCUAUCAUCCUGCAGUAUCAUUGUUCAAGAAUGCCACAGUGCGAUGCAAUUUCGGACCGAGGCUCCAUCACCUGCCACCAGGAGCGCUGCCCAUGUGUGCCAGAGUGGAACAGCUCAAUGUGGAGCAAACAUUAAUUCAGUGUAUGCAGUCUGCUCUACGUGGUCUGACCGGGAAAAUGAUAAAAGUGAUUCCAAUUAGAGCUCUAGAGGACAAUUAUAUGUAUUUGGUGUACAGCGAGAAAGAUUCAAAGGGUUUCGCUGUGGAUCCGGUCGAACCGCAAAAAGUCAAGGAAGUCGCCGAAAACUGCAAGGUCACUGUGGCAGCGGCACUUGUCACUCACCACCACUGGGACCACGCAGGGGGCAUGUCCGAGUUCAGAAAAAUUUGGAAAUCAGAUGAAGCUGAAAUAUAUGGUGGUGACGAACGGAUUGAUCAUCUGAACAAUAGGGUUGAUCAUGAAGAGAAGUUCCAGGUUGGACAGAUGGAGGUAAGCAGACGUUUUUUGUGGUUUCUAUUUUUUUGCUUCGAAACGUAG